UCGAGUGGACCAUAGAGUUAUCGGACAGUGCUCUUUUUGGAAAGAAUCUGGCAGCAUGUUUGCGAGUUUUGUGUCAGCUCUGUGAUUGGGACAGUUUUCGUAGCGACAUGAAGGUGUUUAUGGAUGCGAAACUGAAGUUUGCAGCUCUGGUCCUUGUGCUUUUAAUAAGUGAAAUCGGAGGACAAAGUUCUUUCGAUAACUAUUUCGAAGGGGUGGAAGACCUUGUAUCUGAAACCGAAUUUCGAUCUGUGAAGUUACAGUGGCGUUACCCAUCGAACAAAGAACCGAUAGGAUUCAUCAUCACUCUAUGCGAAGUGACCACUUGGUCCAAGUCCGACAAAGACUGCUUCGAACGCCACCUGCUUCUGGGAAAGCGCAGCGCACUGAACGGGUAUGACUCGCUGAAGACGGAUGGCCAAGGUAUCUAUCAGGCCACACUGUUUGGUCUCCGGAUGUUGACCAAUUACAGUGUGUCCGUGCAAGCGAUGGACGACCAAAAUCAAGUGGGCGCUUCGAACACAGACGGCCGACGAGCCAAUUUCCAGGAUAAUGAAAGGAUUCUUGUAAGGACUAAAGGAUUUUCAGCGUACGCCACCAACUGUCUCGCCAACUCCUCCGACAUCGUCGUGCAUACGGGGCCCUACUUCGGAGGAAAGAUCGCAGUGGAGGGAUCUUCGGAUGACCGAUGCUGCCUCUUCGGAAAUCGAAGCAGCUCCCAGGACACCUACACGCUCAAAAUUGACCAUCAGAUCUGUGGGAGUAAGACUGUGAAUGAUUCCAGGAUAGAUACCGUUGUGGUUGUGCAUGAAAGUAGCUCGGUGGUUACUCACAACUCAAGAAGAUUUCUGGUACAAUGCACUUUCUUGCCGGAAACGUUUACCAUCAAAGCAGCGUUUAACGUUCCACAGGAGGCCGAGGCAGAGAAGAAGAACUUCAACUACAAACAGUUGGAGGAGGCUCUCAGAAACUUGGACUCGAACGACAUCUACACUUAUGACCACUACAAAGAGAACCACGUCAAGGACUCGAGGAUGUCUUCUGAGCAGGCGCAAUCGGUCCUGCAAGGCAGCCUACCCGGAUAUGAAUCGCAAAUGCUGAGUUUAUUGAUUGUCAUCAUCGUUUUAAUCAUCGUCAUCGUAGUGGUGAUCGGCUUCAGCUUGUGGUGCUACAUUCAUAGCCACCGGCGGCGAUCGGACAGCGCGGACAUUGAGACGCUUUCCACUUCUGGCUCUUCCUUCAUGGCGUAUCACGUCGGCGACAACGAUGCCCUGGUGCGGCAGGCACCUUGCGGGGACGACGGCAUGCCCGUUGCCAUCAAUGAAAGCAUCUACGGUCCGACAUUCCCUCGCACAGUGAACCCUUUUCUUGGAAAUCAAGUUGCACUGGUGUCUCUGAAGCCUGUGAAAGAAUUGUACUGAUUUUGUUGCUAGAGUUAUCCAUUAAUGAACAUCUUACUGUAAGGGACUGAAUUAGUUAUUUAAAAGCGCUCAUUUAAAAUUUCUAAUUGAAAAAAGAAUUCAUUGGCAGAUGUAUCUUUUCCCAGUAAAAAUAUCUCGGUAUGCUA